GGGGCGGAAGCGGGGAGCUCCGCGGCGCUCCCGGUGGCCGCUCGCUUUGUGCUGCGGGGCCGCCCGGCAGCAUGGACGGACGGGACACGGCGGCUCCAGGGAUGGAGGGGCAAAAACUGAUUUCAGCAACAGACACGCAGUAUCCCAAUGUGCUCCUCCAGUCUUUGAAUGAACAACGUGGCCAUGGACUUUUUUGUGAUGUUACUGUCAUCGUGGAGGACAGGAAGUUUCGAGCCCACAGGAACAUCCUUUCGGCCUCAAGCACUUAUUUUCACCAGCUUUUCCCAGUGGCUGGGCAGGUGGUUGAACUGAGCUUUGUGAGAGCAGAAAUCUUUGCUGAAAUUCUUAACUAUAUUUAUAGUUCCAAAAUAAUCAGCAUUCGAUCCGAUUUGCUCGAUGAACUGAUUAAGUCAGGGCAGCAGCUGGGUGUUAAAUUCAUAGCUGAGCUGGGUGUACCUCCCUCUGAAGGAAAACUCAUUACGAGUGAGGCCAAAGAUGGUGCUUCAGAAACUUCAUCUUCUAACCCAGGGCAAAAAGAUGCUGAAACACAAGUACCUGUAAUAAGGCCAGAGAGUCAAGAGGUAACAGAUGGGAUGCCGGUUAUAACACAAUCAUUCUCCUUACGAGGCAUAGAAUAUGAGACUACAAAGAUUACAGUGAGUGAUUCAGAUGAUGAGGAUGAUGAUGUAAUUUUUUGCUCUGAGAUUGUUCCUCCAAAAGAAUGUACUAAAGAUAAAAAUGCUGCAACCCAGAACCAGCCUUGCCCAAGUCCAGCUGGAGUUUCUGACCCAAACUCAUGUGGCAGUGGUGGCUCUCCCUAUUUGACGAGCACCACAGCAGCUCAAAAACUCACUUCGUCUGCCAUUCAGCUGAACCCAAACCAAACACAGUCAAGUGCCGAAUCACUUGUCUCUGCAACACCACAGCAUUUGACUCCUAAUAUCAUUGUCCUAAAUAAGCCUCUUCUGAACGCAGCACUCAGUGCCAGCUCCGCACAUCAAACACAUGUGCUCCCCACAAUUAAUUUAGUUGAGGAGAACCAGCAGCCACCUGAUAGUAGCUCCUCAACUGAAGUGGAAACACCUGCUGUUGGUAACGAAGUAGUUGUUGAAGAUGAUGUCGAUGUCAUUAGCUCCUCUAGUCCUGGUUCGGUCAGCAGCAGCUCUUUGGUUCAGCAACCUUCUGUUCCUAAGGCAGCAACCAUUGAAGGAUCAGGUGUACAGAAAAAACAAGUUUCACAAGAGACAUCUUCUAAACCUGGAGAAAUUAAAAUAAAGAUCUCAGAUGUCCUUACUGGAAACAACAAGGAAUUCAGUUCGGGUAUAGCAUCAAACCAUGCGGCAGAAGGGCAGAAAAUCAUAACAUUAGAUACAGCAACUGAAAUAGGAGGCUUAUCCACUGGCUGUAAGGUUUAUGCAAACAUCGGUGAGGAUACAUAUGACAUUGUCAUUCCUGUAAAGGGUGAUGCCGAGGAAAGCAAAGCCAAGCCUGAUGAGACACCUAGAACAUCUAGUGGUGACUCUUCAAACAGGAAACGCAUGAAAGUAAAGCAUGAUGACCAUUACGAGCUCAUAGUGGAUGGAAGAGUCUACUACAUUUGUAUUGUGUGUGAGAGAUCAUAUGCAUGUCUGACGAGUUUACGGAGACAUUUUAACGUUCAUUCCUGGGAGAAGAAGUAUCCGUGUCGAUACUGUCACAAGGUCUUUCCUCUUGCAGAAUACCGUACAAAGCAUGAAAUCCACCAUACGGGCGAGCGCAGGUACCAGUGCUUGACAUGUGGCAAAUCCUUCAUCAACUACCAAGUUAUGGCCUCCCAUGUAAGAUCAGUUCAUAGCCAAGACCCUUCUGGAGAUAACAAGCUUUAUCGAUUGCUGCCUUGCAGGUCACUGCAGAUCAGACAGUAUGCAUACAUUAGUGAUCGCCCCAGCAAUAUACCAGUAAUAAACGAGGGUGGAAUUGUUUAUCGGGUUGGCUCAGGGAAGGACAGCACUGAGGGAACACCAUCUAACCCUCCAGCCAGACAGAUUACCUGGGAUGACAUUUUCGUUCCACAGGCAAAUGAAGCAAUUUUUAAGCAGAAUCAAUCAGAGGGAAGUACUGAAUUUGAGUUUGUAAUACCAGAAUCCUACUGAAAUACAUCAAAUGCUGGGGAAAUGAUUCAGUGAAGAAAUAACUGCACUUGUUUUACAUGAACUGGUAAAAUUGCUGUAAAUCAAAUGUUAAAGUGAAAACAAGUUAAUUUCUUCUACCAAGUAAUCUAAUGGUAGAACUUAGACAGAUCAUUAGUAGCUGCAAGUGAUUUGUGAAAGCAAUUUACCUGAAAGUUUCCUUCCACAGACAGUAAUGCAUUUCCAAGGAGCUGGCAGUUUUCUCUGAUAUGUUAAUUUUGAUUCAGUCACGGGGAUUUGUAGUGUGAAAAGGUACAAUUUCUUCAGAAGGGCUCAUAGUCAUUCUUCUGAAGCAAUAGUACCCAUGCUUACUCUGUAAACCCUUUCUUUCAUGUUGGCACUUUAAUGCUGAACUCUGUUGAGACGUUAACCAAGAAAAGAGUAAGACUUUUCAUCAUAGUCUCUUGAAUGUGGAACUGUUUGAAAGAGAAAUCCCACAACUCAUAUUUAUUUUUGUGAACAAUGCAUUACUGCAGGGGUCCAGAAUAACUGGUUCAGUAGUUUGGAGUAGUAUAUUUUUGAGAUAGAAUCUUAGUUCUGUUUUUAUGAGCACUAUGAAUUGUCUGUCUUCAUGCAAAUAGUCUUGGAUCUUGGGAGAUACUCAGCUAGAGCUAACCUGAACAUGGCAGCAUGGUGAGCAGUGUCUGGACUGUUACAUUUUACUCUUUGCAAUGGGGGAAAAACCCCAAAUGCCCACAGAGCUCAAUAGAGAAGGAGCUUAAAACACUUCGGAAGGAGGUAAUUUUGCCUUUUUAAAGCUUGAGGAGUAAUGUUAGGUUUUCAGAAGAUGCCAGUUGUUUGGAAUAAAGCACUGUCCCUUAUCUUGCUCUUCAAGAAGAGUGACAUCAGUCUGAUACUAAAAAAAAACAGUAAUACUUCUUUUUGUUUUAAAUUUAGCUGAAUGCUUUGAAAUUUACUUCUCAAAACUACAAAAUAAUGUGUCAGUUUUAGUACUGAGACAGCUGAGGGUCUCCUGUGCCCAUUUGGGUAAGUCUUUUAAGUGAAACAGGGAUUUGGAUUCUUUUCUUCACUCCAUUUAUAUGGUGUGGAAGCAUGAGCACUAAACAGUCAGAAAAUACCCUCUGUCCACCAUAAUCCAAAGUAUCGUUUCUCUGCUGUUGCCUACCUGUCACAUACUCUCAGUUUGGGGUUUAUUGUAUUGUCUUUUUUCUUCCUUGGUGCAAUUGGUCCAUGAUUAAGCACUCAGAAGAUAAAUUAGAUGUCCAGCUUGAACAGGAAGUAAUCCAUCUGAGAACAACAAACAGCUAUUUAUUGCAGUCAUAGUUUAGCAUUUCAGAUUUAGUGAUUUGUGGUAUUUUUGUGAAUGGUAAUAUGAACACUGCUCAAGUUCUAGAGAUGACUGAGGAUUGUUGUGCAUAGUACUAGUUAUCGUAACCUUUUGUUGCUUAAAUUACACUUAAAGGUUUUUCUUUUCCAUGUUUUAACUAAGCAUCUUGAUCCUAUCAAAGUUAAGGUUUUAGGCGUGUAGCACUCUAGACAGGAUAACGUUUAAAUGGUAAAUGGUUCAAAUACAACUUGAGCUAUAAGAAAAGAGUACCAGAAAUCUGUAUGAGGAACAAUGGGAGAGAGAGGAUGAUUUGUUUACCUUAUGCAUGUAAUUCACAGUGCUUAAGUUUUGUAGGCCAGGAGCACGAUAUACAUGAUCAUUUCCGGAUCAUAUUGCAGACCCUGGUGCAUAUAAUGGGGUAUGCUUUCAAAUCCUAAAGUUGGUUGUUACCCAAGAUGGUAUUUCAGCAGUGUCCUCACAAGACGUAAGUUCUGCUUACCUGUUUUAGCACAAGUAACUGUGGCAGAACUGGCUGUGUGCUUUAUGGAGACUUCCUGAACUUCUUAACAAGAGAAAGACAAUGUUAUUUUUGUUAUUGACAUGGUACAUCUGGCAUUAAACAUAGAUUGCAAAGUGUACAUUCAGUAAUAACUAACAUAACAGCUAUCAAUAUUUGCUGCUGAUAUAUUUAAAACCUUAAACUGUGCCUAGUAAAGGUCUCUUUUUGGAGGAAAACUGGAAAAUUAGGGCUAUGUAACUAUUUUUGCUAGAAGACUCGUGCUUGCAUGUGUCUCAGGGUCUUCGGUUUUCCUUGGAAGUGAUUUUUGAGAUCCAAAGUGCAGAGAUUAUGUAAAGCAUUUCUUUAUUUCACUUUCCAGUACUUAUUGGUUUGGAAACAUCCAUUUGUUUAAAACUUUAAUGGGGCCAUGAGCUUUCACGUUUAGAUUUCGAGUUAUCGCACUUGCAUUUGUUCUGGUUGGUUGGUUUGUAAACACCUUUAGGUUCCACUUUAACUUACUGAAAAAAACAUAUGUAAAUAUUAAGAAAUUGGCUAUGGGAUAAUGUAAGGAAAAGAAUGAAUUUGAAAAAAGCAUUUAUAUUACAUUUAAAAAUUGAACAGAAUAUGGUAACAAACCUCACUGUCAUUUAUAUACAAAUAAAACCAUUAACGGUCUGCUGCAGAAUAUGAUAGUGGUGGUUGCAUCCUCGCUGUGUGUCUUUGGGGAUUCUUACCAUAGCAUUCCAGUACAAGAAUUAAACAUUGAGAUAACAAUUGACUGCUUAUUUAUUUUGUACUGUUAAGGCAUGCAGCUUAUAAGAAGAUGCAGAAGCUGACAACUAUAUACGUUGGACAUCAAGUUCUAGAGCUGUUACCUAGGAGCUGUUCCAUGUGAAUUAUUUUGUCAUUUUGCCAGAUCUGUAAUGUAUAUAGUUGUACAGUCUUAACAUACUUUUAAAAGUUGUGUUUUUCUUUUAAUUAAUCAAAAGUUGAUAUUAGUUCUUAGAGCUUUCUAUGGCAAAAUAAUAAAACCCUGUUAAUUCUAAA